AUCUCUAACUCCCUCUCUCUCCCUCUCUCUCUCUCUCCAUCUCUCCAUCUCUCUCCAGAGGGAUGGCCGGAUGGUGAGAGGAUUUGUAUCUUCCUCCAACCAGGGAAUUGGCCAAAUUAAUUGUAAUCAUGUUGUUGUGGUUAUGUCACCCUCACAUCUGUCUCGCGGGUGAUUGCCCGGGCCGCUUCCGCCGAGCCUUCUGUCCGCACGCUAAGCCCGGGGGUGAUACCUGCCGCUAGCCAGCCAUCAACACAGACAGAACGGAACACACUCUCUCAACAGUGGACAUGCCUCUCCAGGUGCAGAGGACAACAGGACCGGGAACGUUUUCAGGACCCCGGAAACAAAGUUUGGGAAGACACGCCAUUCUUGGUCCAUCAAUAGGUAUGAGAAAGGAGAAGGUGUGUGUAGCAGAGGUGAUGAAGCAUCUGUUGACUGCUGGAAAGCCCUUCACCCUGUUACCCUGAAGACUGCUUCCAUCUCUGGGAAUUAGAGCCUGAAGACUGCUUCCAUCUCUGGGAAUUAGAGCCUGAAGACUGCUUCCAUCUCUGGGAAUUAGAGACUGAAGACUGCUUCCAUCUCUGGGAAUUAGAGCCUGAAGACUGCUUCCAUCUCUGGGAAUUAGAGCCUGAAGACUGCUUCCAUCUCUGGGAAUUAAAGCCUGAAGACUGCUUCCAUCUCUGGGAAUUAGAGCCUGAAGACUGCUUCCCUCUCUGGGAAUUAGAGCCUGAAGACUGCUUCCAUCUCUGGGAAUUAGAGCCUGAAGACUGCUUCCAUCUCUGGGAAUUAGAGCCUGAAGACUGCUUCCAUCUCUGGGAAUUAGAGACUGAAGACUGCUUCCAUCUCUGGGAAUUAGAGCCUGAAGACUGCUUCCAUCUCUGGGAAUUAGAGCCUGAAGACUGCUUCUAUCUCUGGGAAUUAGAGCCUGAAGACUGCUUCCAUCUCUGGGAAUUAGAGACUGAAGACUGCUUCCAUCUCUGGGAAUUAGAGCCUGAAGACUGCUUCCAUCUCUGGGAAUUAGAGACUGAAGACUGCUUCCAUCUCUGGGAAUUAGAGCCUGAAGACUGCUUCCAUCUCUGGGAAUUAGAGCCUGAAGACUGCUUCUAUCUCUAGGAAUUAGAGCCUGAAGACACUGGCCCUCUUAUAGGCAGCUGAGGUCUGCCGUUCUGUGGAUCUUCUCACCUGGACAGAGGGCUUGCAUCAAACCCUCCUGGACCAGACUUGCCUGGAUGGGCCUACCCUGGUCUACACCUCCUUUCCUCCCUCUCUCUGGAACCUGUAUUAAAGGUCUCUUGACUAGUCUACUCUGGUCUUCACCUCUAGUCCUCUGAGUGUCCUGGGACGUGUUUUAAGAACCAGGGUCUAGGUGUACUUGCAGCAACAGCAGUACUGGUAGUAGUAGUAGUAGUAGUAUUAAUAGUAGUAGUUGUAGCAGCAGUAUUAGCAGUUGUAGUAGCCCCCCCCCCCCCAGCAGCAGCAGCCAUGGAGGCGGCUCUAGUGGACUUUGAGAGUCUAGACGACUCCAGCCUGGAAGAUGAGGUGGAUAACCCAGACAUCCCGGACGAGACCACGACCCUGACGGUCGACAUGCCCCCCGAAAACUGCUCCAUCCACGGCUCCCACCACCUCCUUUCCCCUCAGCCCAACCUCACAUCCACUCUCCAGCACCACUACCCCUCCGAACACUCCUCCUACCACCUCCUUUCCCCUCAGCCCAACCUCACAUCCACCCCCCAGCACCACUACCCCUCCGAACACUGCUCCUACCAACUCCUUUCCCCUCAGCCUAACCUCACAUCCACCCCCCAGCACCACUACCCCUCCGAACACUCCUCCCAAAGGAGGAAUACCUCCCCCUGCCCGUACUCCUCCCCCAAUACACUGGAUGUGCCCCAGUCACCCGUCAUGCCACCCCACAGCAGGAGGGGGCGUCCUAGCUGUGCCAGCAUGAUCUCCAACUGGAAGUUGCUGCUGAGUAGCGAGACCCAGACGCAGAGCGAGACCAUCUUCAGCCGGCUGGCUAAGGAGUGCUGUGAGGAUGUGUUCGUGGACAAGACAGGUCUAGACGACGGAGACCAGAAGGUCAUCAUCAACAUCGCCGGGCUACGCUUCGAGACGCAGCUCAAAACCCUCGACCAGUUCCCUGAGACUCUUCUGGGGGACCCUAUGAAGAGGAUGGACUACUUUGACCCCAUGAGGAAUGAGUAUUUCUUUGACAGGAACCGGCCCAGCUUCGAUGGCAUCCUGUACUACUACCAGUCAGGAGGAAAGAUCCGCAGGCCGGCCAACGUUCCGCUGGAUGUGUUUGCUGAUGAGAUCGUGUUCUAUGAGCUGGGGAGUGACGCCAUGGAGCAGUUCAGAGAGGACGAGGGCUUCAUCAAGGAAGUGGAGAUCCCUCUCCCGACCAACGAGAUAUACCGGCAGUUCUGGCUGCUGUUCGAGUACCCCGAGAGUUCCAACGCGGCACGCGGCGUGGCGCUGGUCUCCGUGUUUGUCAUCGUUAUCUCCAUCAUCAUCUUCUGUAUGGAGACGCUACCGGAGUUCCGGGAUAACUCCCUGGACCCCGUCCUACCCACCACCGUCACGCAUCUGAUGCCUUUCAAUGGGAACCUAUCGUUGGGCGGCCAUGGGUCCUUGUUCCCGCCCUCGCCCACACCCAAAACGAUCACCUCCACGUUCUCCGACCCGUUCUUCAUCAUCGAGACGGCCUGCAUCGUCUGGUUCUUCUUCGAGCUGGUGGUGCGCUUUGUGGUCUGUCCCUCCAAGAGCAACUUCUUCCACAACCUCAUGAACAUCAUCGACAUUGUCUCCAUCAUCCCGUACUUCGUCACCUUGGUAACGGAGCUGGUCACCACCCCGGACCAGAACUCCAGCCAGAACAUGUCCCUGGCCAUCCUUCGUAUCAUCCGUCUGGUCAGGGUGUUCAGGAUCUUCAAGUUGUCCAGACACUCCAAGGGGCUCCAGAUCCUAGGCCAGACCCUGAAGGCCAGCAUGCGGGAGCUUGGCCUCCUCAUAUUCUUCCUCUUCAUCGGAGUCAUCCUCUUCUCUAGUGCCAUCUACUUUGCUGAAGUGGACGAGCCCAGCACACAGUUCGUCAGCAUUCCUGACGGCUCCUGGUGGGCCGUGGUCACCAUGACUACGGUGGGCUACGGCGACAUGUGCCCGAUCACCAUGGGCGGUAAGAUGGUGGGGACGCUGUGCGCCAUCGCCGGCGUGCUGACCAUCGCCCUACCCGUCCCCGUCAUCGUGUCCAACUUCAACUACUUCUACCACCGGGAGACGGAGGCAGAGGACAAGCAGCCGUUGGCGGAUGCAGCAGAGCUGGCCAUGAAGGCCUCAGGAGAGAGUAAACAUGGGAGUAGCACCUCUCUGAACAAGACCAACGGGACCUGGCAGGGUGACAAGUUCACUGGCCUCUGAGAUUUACAGAGACUGACCGGUCCACUGUAGAAGAGACAAUGUGUGACAGAGAGACACAGAUAGACUGACCUGUCCACUGACUGGGGCAGAUAGAUAUAGACUGACCUGUCCACUGUGAGGACAGAGAGAUAUAGACUUACCUGUCCAUUGUCUAGGGCAGAUAGAUAUAGACUGACCUGCCCACUGUCGGGGGCAGAUAGAUAUAGACUGACCUGCCCACUGUCUGGGGCAGAGAGCUAUAUUCUGACCUGUCCACUAUGGAAGAUUGAGACAGAGAAAGGCAGAGGGACAUCUGUGAGCUGCGAGACACACACAACUCAUUCUCUCCUGUCCUCUGGGAGACAGACAUAAAGUCACCCAUGUGGGAAGACACAGCUACACCGGCUCUUUACUGUCAGAUAAGAUGGUAGGGAAACCAUUGUUUUAAAUGACAGAAAGUGUUAGGUCUGAUAGAUCAUGCAUGGAGUUGUUGUGUUACUUGUCUUGAAUUUAUUUUUAAUAUUGUAUAAUAAACAACUCUUACCUCAGUGCAAAUAGUGACCGGUAACAUAAACACAUAGUAACUGGUAACAAAUCAAUCAAAUACAAUCAAAUCACAUUUUAUUUGUCACAUGCGCCGAAUACAACAGGUGUAGACCUUACUGUGAAAUGCUGAAUACAACAAGUGUAGACCUUACUGUGAAAUGCUGAAUACAACAAGUGUAGACCUUACUGUGAAAUGCUGAAUACAACAAGUGUAGACCUUACUGUGAAAUUCUUACUUACAAGCCUUUAACCAACAAUGCAGUUCA